AUGACGUCCCAGCCCAGCGCUCUGAUACCUCGGUACAUAGUUAUCCAUCGAGUGGAAUGCCCUGGAUCAACACCAGCCCAUUCUGGUCACCCUGCCACUUCAUCAUAUCAAGACGUUCCACGUCUCUUUGUCGGCGAUAACAAGUUUAUGCCCCUCAGAGGUCGAAUUCUGGAUGAGAAUUCCCAGAUGCGCGCCAAAAAGGACCAUACUAUUUCGUUUAUUAUACACCGCAUCUACAACUGCCUCGAAUACCAUGAAACAGUAUUUGGCGCCUUAAGGGAGGCUUCAGCCAACUCUUCGACACCUGAUCCGAGGUCUCAAUUCUUUCUCCUGCCGACUGAUGCUGAUGAUGCUGUAGCAGAAGGAGAGUCUAUGGAAGUUGUCUCGACGCAUUUGAAAAACGCAAUAGAAGCAGUCAAAGUGGCAGGCACUAAGAAAUCCCCUGUAGACGAGUCAUUGUUACUCGGCUGGGGACGAGAAAGUAGCAUGAUGGCACCGUACCUUCAUUUUUAUCACACUCGGAAUCUGCUGCGCGACUACAUUCCCUACUUACCAGAGCGUCAAAGCAAAGACCUCAUUCUCCUUCUUGAGUAUCUGGACAAGGAAUAUAGCACCGACUAUCAAGAGGCUGAGAACCUUUUUCUUGGCGAUGGGCUUGUAAACAGGAAACACUUUCACAAGCUUUUUGGGCCGAGAGAGAUCAUAGUCACUGUUGAAGAGGGUCACCACGUCGCCAUGGUGUCGAAAUAUCCGCCUCUCCCUGGCUCGAAUCCGAUAAGGCUAGAAUGCGAAAUGUGGAAAUUCAAUGGCCGUUUUGCAAAAGUCAAAAGGAUUGUCACCAUACCCUGGCCAAAGCAUGCCGCGGAGGUAGACAAAGUGCCAAUAAAAUCGCUCAGUAUUUUUCCUCUGAGAUUCGAUCACCAAGUUGAGCAACGCCUUAGGAAACGUGGGGACCUUUUCUGGCAGCUUCGAAACCCGACAUUAAUUCUUUACAAUGCCCCAAGACAGGUUCUCGAGUAUCGAAUGGGAAAUGGCCGAUAUAUGGUUGACAUGGAAACCUAUAGUCGUUUUCACAGACUAAGCAUCCUUGAUGACGUGGUCACUGAGGAUGUUGAAGAGUACCUACCAUUAGAAACCACCGAGUCACCCUCACCUCCUACUGGCAGCUUUACCCUUCUUCUACCACGAGCAACAUAUGGCUUCGGAUUACACGACAAGAAAUGGCGAAAGCUUGCUAUAGAAUACGCAGCCGAUAUAGUCUGGAAGGAGGAUAUGCUUGAUAUGCUGAUCAUCCCAGAGGAUGAGAAGACCAUUCUAAGGGCACUUCUACCCGAAACCAAGGUAUCUCAAGAUGUCAUAGCAAGCCGAGAUCUGGGUAGGUUGAUCAUGUUCUAUGGCGAUUCAGGAAGCGGCAAAACAUUCGCUGCCGAGGCUCUUGCCGAAUCAGCAAGGAAACCAUUGUAUCGAUUAACACCCUACGAAAUCGGUAUAGAGCUUGAGCAAGUCGAGAAUAACAUCAAAGAGGCGUUCUAUCUUGGCGAUAUCUGGAAUGCAGUCAUUCUUUUGGAUGAUUGUGACAAUUUUCUAGGGCACAGGCAAGAUCUAACCUUAUCGGGCAUUUCAAUUGCCUCGAUCAUUCUCCAAGCAAUUGAUAACUACUCUGGUAUAACUGUCAUGACGAUGGAGGGUAGCUUCGGUCUGGACUAUGACGCCCUCCGACACCGAGCACGUGUAGUGUCGUCUUUGCACCUCAAUGAUGAAUCCAGAACCUUGAUGUUGGAAAAGACUAUUGGCACAUUCUACCCCGAUAUAGAACGUAGUUGGAACUUCUCACAUAGAGAGAUUCAGAACAUACGUCGGACAGCAGAGAAACUUGCAUGCUCUGAAAAAGAGCCGUUAAAUGCGUCUCAUUUUUACCAGGUAGCAAAGGUGUUGGCAAUUUCUAGGACUCAAGUAUAA